AUGGCUGCGGAGCCGAGCAACGGGCAGUGGCUGCGGCGGCGGCGGCGGCGGCGGGCGGGGAGCUCAGCGGGCGAGGUCUCCGCCUUGCGCGUGGGGCGCUGAGCCGAGAGGCGCGGAGGCGGCGAGGGCUCGUGGAGGGCUUAAGGGGCCGCUCGGCGCAGCCUCUCUGCCACCCGCAGCACCAUGGGCAGCGCGGAGCACGCAGUCAAAGAGAAACUGCUGUGGAACGUGAAAAAGGAGGUGAAGCAAAUCAUGGAGGAGGCCGUCACCAGGAAGUUUGUGCAUGAAGACAGCAGCCACAUCAUUGCUCUGUGUGGUGUGGUGGAGGCUUGCCUCCUGCAUCAGCUGAGACGCCGCGCCGCCGGCUUCCUGCGCAGUGACAAGGUGGCUGCUCUGUUCACCAAGGUGGGGAAGACGUGUCCAGUGGCUGGGGAGAUUUGCCACAAGGUUGGCUUUUGGGCUCAUUUCUUGAGGGGCAUCUCGGUACCAGCAUCAGGGAAACCCUUGGUGAGUAACCAGGAAACCCUGCGGAGACAGGGCUCUGCCAGUGGGAAGGCCCCAGCCCUCAGCCCACAGGCCUUGAAACACAUAUGGGUACGCACAGCGCUCAUCGAGAAGGUGCUGGACAGGGUCGUGCAGUACCUGGUGGAGAACUGCAGCAAGUACUAUGAGAAGGAGGCGUUACUGGCAGACCCUGUGUUUGGUCCCAUCUUGGCCUGUCUUCUAGUGGGACCCUGUGCCUUGGAGUACACCAAGCUCAAGACAGCCGAUCACUACUGGACUGACCCUUCUGCUGAUGAGCUUGUCCAGAGACACCGUAUCCGGGGUCCCUUUAAUCGCCAGGACUCCCCUGCAAAACGCCCAGCCCUAGGAAUCCGGAAGCGGCACUCGAGCGGCAGCACCUCGGAGGACAGGCUGGCCGCCUGUGCCCGCGAGUACGUGGAGUCCCUGCACCAGAACUCAAGGACGCGGCUGCUCUAUGGCAAGAACAACGUGCUGGUGCAGCCGAAGGAGGACAUGGAGGCUGUCCCUGGCUACCUCUCCCUGCAUCAGUCUGCAGAGAGCCUAACCCUGAAGUGGACUCCCAACCAGCUCAUGAAUGGGACUCUGGGGGACUCUGAGCUAGAAAAGAGUGUUUACUGGGACUAUGCCCUGGUUGUGCCCUUCAGUCAGAUUGUCUGCAUCCACUGCCACCAGCAAAAGAACGGUGGCACACUCGUACUGGUGAGCCAGGAUGGCAUCCAGAGGCCACCGCUGCACUUCCCACAGGGAGGACACCUGCUGUCCUUUUUGUCCUGCCUGGAGAACGGACUUCUGCCUCGAGGACAGCUAGAGCCCCCACUCUGGACCCAGCAGGGGAAGGGGAAGGUGUUCCCCAAGCUACGGAAACGCGGCAGCGUGCGGCCUGUGGAUGUGGAGGAGAUGGGCACGGGGUGGGCCAUGGACUACGUGUUCCGGAUUGUUUACCCUGGUCACAGACACGAGCACAUCACUAUUAACUACCACCACCUAGCGGCCAGCCGCGCGGCCUCGGUGGACGAUGAUGAGGAAGAGGAGGAUAAGCUACACGCGAUGCUCUCAAUGAUCUGCUCGCGGAACCUCACAGCUCCCAAUCCGAUGAAAGAUGCUGGUGACAUGAUCGAGAUGCAGGGCUUUGGGCCCAGCCUGCCGGCCUGGCACCUAGAGCCCCCGUGUAGCCAGGGCUCUCCCUGCCUCUCCUGCUCCACCAGCAGCUCCCCAUAUGCAACUCCCAAGCGCUGCACCUGUGUCCCAGACCGGUUGCCCCUCAGGCUGCUGUGCGAGAGCAUGAAGAGGCAGAUCGUGUCUCGGGCCUUCUAUGGCUGGCUGGCACACUGCCGCCACCUGUCCACGGUGCGGACUCACCUGUCGGCACUGGUGCACCACAACAUCAUCCCGCCUGCCCGGCCCCCAGGGGCGUCAGGGGGCCUCACCAAGGACGUGUGGAGCAAGUAUCAGAAGGAUGAAAAGAACUACAAGGAACUGGAGCUGCUGCGGCAAGUUUACUAUGGAGGCGUGGAGCACGAGAUCCGCAAGGAUGUGUGGCCCUUUCUGCUUGGCCACUACAAGUUCGGCAUGAGCAAGAAGGAGAUGGAGCAGGUGGACACAGUGGUGGCAGCAAGGUACCAGCGGGUACUGGCGGAGUGGAAGGCCUGCGAGGCCGUGGUGCGGCAGCGGGAGCGGGAGGCUCACCCGGCCACGUUCACCAAGUUCUCCUCGGGCAGCAGCAUCGACAGCCAUGUGCAGCGCCUCAUCCACCGAGAUUCCACCAUCAGUAAUGACGCCCCAGGAAGAAGCCAGAGGAGGGGACUGGAUAGGGCCGACGUCAUGAUUGCCUGGAAGCUGACUUCCCUCCUGGUCAGCUGGGUCAGACAGGCUUGGCACCCAGGGGAGGCCAUGCCCGAGGCCAUGGGGUGUUUAUCUCUGUGGAUGACCUGGAGCCCCCAAAGCCCCCAGGCACUGAAGAUUCCAGACAGGAGCCUGAGGAGGAUGCAGGCGCAGGGCCCCCGGGCACUGCCGUGGUGGAGCAGCAGCAGUCAGUGGAGUUCGAUUCUCCGGACUCGGGACUGCCUUCCUCUCGCAACUACUCCGUGGCCUCAGGCAUCCAGUCGAGCAUUGAUGAGGGGCCGAGUGUGGGCUUCGAGGAGGACUGCGGUGGGGAGGAAGGCUCUGAUGGGCCAGUGCCUUCAGUCCACGCUUUCUCUGAGCCCCGAGAUCCCAGCCAAGAGAAGGCCUCAGAGGCAGGGGAGGAGCUGGUGGCCGUGUGCACCUCUGCCUACACUGUAUAUAGAACUACUGGACACUGUGGCCUUAAAUCUGCACCGAAUUGACAAGGACGUGCAGCGAUGUGACCGCAACUACUGGUACUUCACAUCCCCCAACCUGGAGAGGCUCAGAGACGUCAUGUGCAGCUACGUGUGGGAACACCUGGACAUGGGCUAUGUGCAGGGCAUGUGUGAUUUGCUGGCACCUCUCCUGGUCAUCCUUGAUGACGACCAGCUGGCCUACAGCUGUUUCAGCCACCUUAUGAAGAGGAUGAGCCAGAACUUCCCCAAUGGGGGCGCCAUGGACACCCACUUUGCCAACAUGCGUUCCCUCAUCCAGAUCCUGGACUCGGAGCUGUUUGAACUGAUGCACCAGAACGGGGACUACACCCACUUCUACUUCUGUUACCGCUGGUUCUUGCUGGAUUUUAAGAGAGAGCUGCCGUAUGAAGACGUGUUCGCUGUGUGGGAGGUGAUCUGGGCGGCCCGGCACAUCUCCUCAGAGCACUUCGUCCUGUUCAUUGCCCUGGCCCUGGUGGAGGCCUACCGUGAGAUCAUCCGUGACAACAACAUGGACUUCACCGACAUCAUCAAGUUCUUCAACGAACGAGCUGAGCGUCAUGACGCCCAGGAGAUCCUGCAGAUCGCCCGGGACCUCGUCCACAAGGUGCAGAUGCUCAUAGAGAACAAGUGAGGGCUGCCAGCCGAGGCAGCAGCCAGCCAGAGCCUAGGCUCCGGGUGCCCUGGGCCCUGCAGGGAAAGGCUCGGGGCAGCACUGCGGAGACCGCCCCAACUCUCAGCCAGCCCUGCCUGCCCAGCUGUGUUUCUAACAAAGUGCUUGUGAGCCUGGGAUCUGACUCCGGGCAGUUCUGGCCCUGCGAAGCAAGUUGGGGGGCCAGGGUGGGAAGGGGCGGCCUCAGGGAGCAGCUGACUUGGGGAAUACCUACUCUGUUCCCCUCUCAAACACCUGGAAAUAGCCCCACUGCCACCAGCAGCCUCAGGCUGAACUGCUCCCACAUCCUCUCCUGGCACAGCCUGGGGCCCUCUAGAGUGAUCAGGGCCGUAGUUGCCUGGGCCCCUCUGGUGAGGGUCACAUGAAGCAAGGGGCCUCUGGUGUAUUUACUCUGAGAGUCCCUUUGUGGGCCCAGUGCCUGCGUGCCAGUCCCAGCUGGGGCGGCCAGAAUGGCUGCCUUCCAGGCCCUCCUGUGAGACUGAGGGCCGUCCGGAGCUGGGCCCUGGGUGCGAGCAGCCCACCUCAGUAGCACUGCCGCCACCUCUGGCCACCUGAGGCAACCCCACGCACUCCCCGAGCCCGCACAGCAGGCAUGCGUGUAUCUGUACGAUCGCUCUCUUGCCGCCUUGUCUUGCUUCACACCCCAGAUCCACCCCAGAAAGCCAUGUCGGUGACACUUUGCCAGCUGAAGGGUCUGGAAUGUGGUCGGAGCCCUUCCUCUAGAGAGGAGUCCCAGGAUAAUUCUUUAGGGAGGCGAUCCUGUCACAGCCUCCUAUCAAAGGUGACCCCAAAACUUGGAGGCAGCCCAUUGUCCUGGGCAUCUGCUGAGCCCCUGAGGUUGGAGGGAAGGAGGUGCCGGGGUCCCCCUUGUUUGUUGCUGGUGAGGAGCAAGGCUAGCUCUGCCUUCCAGAGGCUUCUCAGGAUGUUGAGAGGCAUUCGGACCCAGAGCCCCCCUUGGAAGAUCCUCACACAUUGGGGGGCGGGCGCACGUCAUGCUGCUUGCUCUGUCAUCCCCUCCCCACCCCCAACACAUGCAGGCUAGCUGGCCUUGCCCCAGGGCGGGGGCCUGCCCUCAGUCUGCCCCCAGACUAAGGUCUGGAGACUUCCUAUACUUGAGAAACAUGAAAAAGGGCCUAGAAGUCCUGUGUCUGGCACAGCCUCCCCACGCACCCCUGCCCUGGGCACUGCACGGCCUGUUUGGGGGCCAGCCCGCCCCAUUGCCCACCCGUGUCCGUGAGUCCUUGGCCUCUACCAAGCUCAGAGGCCAUUGUGUGCCUGCCUUAGUGACUCAGUGGUUUUGUGAGGAACAGAGUCUGUACGUAUUUUGGCUCAAAAACUGCUCUUCAGUGUGACAAACCAAUAAACACAGCACUCGGCAAUG